AUGUCCAUCAUCCUUGAAGACAACCAGUCUCCCGGAUUCUUACGUCUCGGCCCCACAUGGUAUCAUGAGAUUCCCUUUUUACCUCAUGGAUGGGAGACAACCAAUGAUCGAGGGUCUGGAUCACUUAAGCAUGCAGCGAUGAGAGCACUACUGCGGGACCAGUCGGCGCUGAAGCCUGAGUUAUUUGAAUACGUCCACUGGUAUCUGGCAGAAUACCUUUGGGAUGCCCUGAAAAGAUGCAAUAAGCAGACAAUGCACAUGUGGAAAAUAAUGGCCAGCGUUUAUCCUGUACAAUUUUAUGAGGUUAGCCCUUACUACUGCCUCAAUGCUGGAUGUCCCAAAAAGCCACUAAGAGACUACAUGGGUAUUCUCAAUAGCGAAGACCUUCGCUGGCGUGCCAUCUUGACGAUUGCAACCACAUACUGUACUGCCACAGACCUGACUACUAUACCAAACAUCAAGAAUCUGGUUGCCAUGGACGUUCACAGUGAGCCAUACACGUCGAAUUAUGACCCGCUGGCUCCCAUAGGCGUUAACAACGACGGUCUCCCCUUGCAAGAUGGAUUUGUGCGUGGUUGGAUUGAAUCCAAAGCGUUGCAGCACCUCCGCAUUCUCAGGUUCUACCACCAACACGAAAUGACCGUUGCGGCACUGGGAGCUCUGCGUGAACUGCCGGAGCUCCAGCUCGUUGUUGCCUACGAGUGUAAGAAUAUCACACAAACAAUUCAGAAACGCGAUAGGCCCACAAAUGGCAUUAUUCUCAUAAAAGGAUGGUCGGCCUGCAGACUCGAUUGGUUUUGGGAAACCCACGGGACGUCAAAAACAAUUGAUGAUAACCUCUUGGCCUUGCAUCGUGUGUAUCAGUCUAGUCUGCAAAUGCCCGGAGAUGAGCAUUCCAGAAGACCAUCGUCUCUGCCAACAAAUCUCCCGAUUUUGGAAUUCAAACUAACAACUGUCGACCACAGCAGAAGAGACAGGGUUGUUGUCCGCUCUCGCUAUAAUGCAAAGUCAAUUGUAUUGUUUACUCGAGAUCCUGUGAAGCAAAAGCUCGAUAUCGAGAGGCAGCAAUGUGCGAGGGAGAGGAAGAGGACCGAGCCACCUGAAAGGGGAGAUCGUCCUGCCAAGCGAGCAGUGAUGAAAGAGAGGGGACUAAUGGACACGGAGACUUUGAAUCAGUUCUUUUCGAUGGAUUGUCUAUAG